AUGAUCACAGAUCAUCUAGAUCAUAACAAGAACGUCACAAUUGUGGCUUGGAAUGGACAUCAAGAUCCUGCAAACCCAUACAACUGGUCUUUGAGACAAAAAUGGACGUUAACGGCUCUCGCUGUCUUCACUACCUUCAUCACCAUGAUGAACGGUACGAUCAUCACAGUAGCCCACGAAGCUAUCAAUGAGCAAUUCAAUAUCUCAGAUGCCAACUUCCCUCAUUCAUACUGGCCUGUCACAUCAUGGGCUAUCGGUGGUGGCUGCUUCUCUUUGCUGGUUCUUCCGCUGAUGGAGGACUUCGGUGUACGAUGGGUAUUCUUGGGCACAUAUCUAAUCUUCCUCUGCUUCGUGGUACCCCAAGCGGUAGCCCAGAACUUUGCCACAUUAAUUGUGACCAGAUUCUUUGCUGGAGGGUGUGUAUCAAUUCUCGCUAAUACCUCUGCCACAGUAAUUGGCAAUCUAUGGGACACCGAGCGGUCCCGCAAUAUUCCCGUCAGUCUUUACAUCGUCGCUUACCUGGCUGGAAGCAGCAUCGGGCCUGUCAUCGGCGCUGCCAUCUUUCAGGCCCUGUCAUGGAGGUGGAUUGGUUAUGUCCAACUCAUGUGGUACGGGGCUUUCUUCCCGAUGUACUUUUUCUUGUUCAAAGAGUGCCGUGGAAUUGCAAUCUUGGGACAGCGAGCCAAGGCUCUGCGACGAGACGGGAAGAGCGCUUAUACCCAGCACGAGAUCGAUACGCAAGACCAGUCGAUACUGAGCAUCGUGGGUCGCAGCGCAAGUAGGCCUCUCGUCCUCUUUUUCACCGAGUCUGUGGUUUUCGUGUCGACGUUAUGGUCCUCUUUCACCGUCGGGACGCUCUAUCUGUUCACCCAGUCCGUUGAACAGGUGUUCGCAGACCUGUACGGCUGGACACCCGCGCAAGCCGGAUAUCUCCAAUCGGCUAUUGUUGUUGGAGAGUGUCUGGGCUGGGUGAUCACCUUGUUCUCAGGCAAGAUAUACUUUGACUCGGCAUCUCGCAAUACCGAAAUCCCGGGCACCCCCAUCCCAGAAGCUCGAUUGUACUUCGCGAUCGUGGGGGGUAUCACUGGGAUAUCGGGUGGUAUGUUCACGUAUGCGUGGACCUCGUAUCCGGACUUUCCGUGGAUUGCACCCGCUGUCGGUCUUGCCAUGGUGGGAGCGGGCAGUGUUAUUGUCGUGACGGGAAUCUCCGACUAUGUUGUGGACGCGUAUUCCAAGUACGCAGGGAGCGCCAUCGGAAUCAUUGCCACCGGCGAGAAUAUUCUGGCGGCAUUCUUGCCUCUGGCUACUAUGAGCAUGUACAACCAUCUUGGCAUCCAGUGGGCCAGUACUUUACUAGCCUUUAUUGCGUUAGCCCUAUCUUUUGCACCAAUCUUAGUGCUUGUUUGGGGCAAGGAUAUCCGAGCAAAGAGCCCGUUUAUGAAGGAAGCGAUGAUGGAAAAGAGAAGAAAAAGUAUCGACUCUGUUUGA